CUAUAUAAAAUAUGGCAUUUUUAGCCACAUUCAUAUUUAGGGUUUAGUUCUCCUUUAAAGGGGUGGUUCACCUUUAAGGUAACUUUAAGUAUCUUAUAAAAUGGCCAAUUCUAAGCAACUUUUCAAUUGACCAUCAUUAUUAUUUUUUUAUAUAGUUUUUUAAUUAUUUGUAUUUUUCUUCUGACUUUUUCCAUCUUUUAAAAGGGGGUCGCUGACCCCCAUCUUAAAACAAAUGCUCGGUCAGGAUACACAUGAAUUGUUAUUAUUCCUCAUCUUGCUAUUCAGGCCUCUCCUAUUCAUAUUCCAGUCUCUUAUUCAAAUCAAUGCAUGGUUGCUAGGGGAAUUUGGAGCCUAGCAACCACAUGGCUGAGAUAACAAACUGGAGCGCUGCUGAAUGAAAAGCUGAAUGACUCCAAGCGAUGGCGGAUAGACUGACAAUGAAGGCGCAUCCAUGGCAACAAGCAGCAGAGUGACGUAUAAGUGGGCGGGGAAUAAGCAAAAGACUAAGGAAAGGGGAGACAUGAUUGGACAGGGCGUGAGGCCACUUACAAUGCAGAACAGACUCACACCGGCCAUGGACUUUACCUCUCUCCUCCCUCCAUUAAUGAUUCAAACCCCAGUCUCUCUCCCGCCUGCUUUCGCUUACGGCUACAAAAAAGGGACAAACUAUUUCAGACUGCACGUCUGUGAGUUCUGCGCACGCGCGACGAAAUCGGCAAAUCCGAAGGCAGCGGACAGGAUAGCCCCUCCCACCCGGGAAGGACCUCCCCCCAGCCUGGCUGGAAGAUGGCGGCGCCCAGUGGGCAGGUGUCGGCUGUGGAUUUUGCUUCAUGGCUGGAGAGCAGGUUAGAGGAGCUGGGGAUGGACCCGGACGUGUACCCGGCCUACAUCCAGGGAGUGCUGAGAGAGGAGGAAGAGAGCGAGGAGAGGGACGAGGCGCUGCGGGGGAUCCUGGCUGCCUUCCUGAAGACUCCUUGGAAGAAGUGCGCCUUGAAAUUGUUACAAAGUGGAUCGACUUCCAGAACUCCAUACCAAGGGAAUCGGCCCCUAAAGACGAGGUGCAGGCUCUCACAAGUAUGAUAGAGAAGCAGGCGCAAAUCGUGGUGAAGACCAGAGACAUGUCUGAAGAGGAGCAGCAGAGGAAGGCCACUCUACUGGCACAAUAUGCCAAUGUCACAGAUGAAGAGGAUGAAGAUGAGGAAGAUGAAAUGAUUGGUGCAUCCGCCAUCAACCCUGAUAAAUCUCUGUUUAAGAACACAAACCUUGAAGACGUUAUGAAUGCUCGUAAGCUGGAGCGCGACUCCAUGCGGGACGCCGGUCAGAAGAAAAAAGAGCAGGACAAGCAGCAGAGGGAGAAUCAGAAAGCGUCCAAGCAAGAGCGCAAGGACAAAGAGAAGAAGCGCACACAGAAGGGAGAGCGCAAACGAUAAAUUUUCGGGUGUCACGGACUAAGGCGUGAGUAACGAACGCAGAGCUGAUCUAGACGUGGGACAGGUUUAUGGGAUGCACCAUGUUUCAUGAUUAUUUGGGAUGGAGUCGUCUGGGAUUACAAUUUCUAUCAAAGCUUAUUUGGGGCGGCUGCAGGAUUUAAGAAAAAGAAAAAAAGUCAAUAUUACCCAGCAUGCACCAGCAGACACACUCACACAAUACAUGAGAGGAGGACACAGGAUCAGCUCAAUGCUUUAUACACUCCGCUGCCAGAAGUGCCUGAAAUCCCUGUCUGGCUGCCAAGGGGUUAAUGUACGACCCCCUCUUUCUGUGGUGCUUUCACUGUUUAACCCUUCCCCUCAGCACUGAAUGGAGAAUUAUUUAUACAUUUGUAAGUUGGUGUCUCCAAUAAACACUGUCCACUGA